UUCUAUCCAAAUUAAUCACCAAUUAAGCGUAACAACAUUCAUAAAUACUAAUAGAUAUGGCAAUUUCAAAGCUUAUUUUGCUUUGCUUUCUAGUCUUUGUUUCUUUGGAGGCUAAUGCACAAAACCUCAAAGCCAAUUUCUACUCGAAGACGUGUCCUAAUUUAGGAGCCAUUGUUAACCGGACAACUGCAAAGUUGAUUGCUCGUGCACCAUCGCUUGCGCCGGCGCUCUUGAGAAUGCACUUUCACGACUGUUUCGUCAGGGGUUGUGAUGGAUCCAUACUAAUAAACUCAACGGCGAAUAACACAGCAGAAAAAGAUGCAUUCCCGAACCAGAGUCUUCGAGGGUUCCAAAUAAUCGAUGCCGUAAAAAUUGAAGUAGAAAAACAGUGCCCUGGAGUAGUAUCGUGUGCCGAUAUUCUGGCUCUAGUUGCUAGAGAUGCAGUUUUACAAAUUAAGGGACCAUUUUGGUCAGUUCCCUUGGGACGAAGAGAUGGAACUGUGUCACUUUUGAAUGAUGCUUUUGCUAAUUUGCCACCUCCAAAUUUCAAUAUUAGUCAAUUGAUUUCAUCAUUUGCUGCAAAGGGUUUGAGUGUGAAGGAUCUUGUUGUUUUGUCAGGAGGGCACACAAUCGGCAUCUCGCACUGCCCCAGCAUCGCCAGCCGCAUCUACAACUUCACGGGCAGGAACGAUGCGGACCCCAGCAUGGACCCUAACUACGUGGCCGCUCUGAAGAGGAGAUGCCCCGUUGGAGACACGACAUCGAUCAUCCAGAUAGACCCCGGGAGCUCUCAGGAAUUCGACGUCGAUUAUUUCACGAUUGUCCGGCAACGAAGAGGGCUUUUCGAGACUGAUGCAGCUCUCCUCAACAACAAUGUGACAAAUGCAUAUGUGCAACAACAUUCCACCACUGCAGGGAGUUCAAGUUUCUUCAAGGAUUUUGCUACUUCAAUGGUGAAGAUGGGGAAGAUUGGUGUUCUAACGGGCAAUGCUGGGCAAAUUAGGAGGAUUUGCUCUGCUAUUAAUUGACCAUUGAGUUUAAUUGAUGUUUUCGUUUUAGUUAAUUAAGUUGUUGUUGUUUUUUUAAUUGCAUCUUUACUUAGUGAUUGUGGGUCAUUUGUUUUCAGAGUUCUUGAUUUAAUUGAUUUGGUGGUGUGAUUGAUUCUUUUGCAAGAUUUGUAUGCAAAUAAACCUUGUGAUUAAUGAAGUUGGUGUUCAAGUUCAA